GGAGUUAGUCUCUAUGGGGAUACACAGCUUCACAGAAAUAUAACAGCGAUGUACUGCAUAAGUGUAGUAAUAAUUCAAAACUCCGGAGGAUCUGCGCGCUCUAGGCUACAGUCCAGAUUUACCAAGCGACACAUGCACAUCUGCACAGCCCUGCAGCUAUAAUGAACGAUAUAAGCGCACAUCGCUCUUUAACUGUAGCUUUUAUCAUAAAGUCUGAUGUCAAGCUGCGUGCAUACUCAUGAUUCGUGCAAGACGUUUUAAGAAAGUGUCUCUUCUCUGGGAAUGAUUCACGGAACUGCCACUCACCGUUACUGACAGGACGCAAAAGCUGAUAUUUUUGGAGAUCAGGCGAUGGUGCAGAAAUUGGAGAUAAAUCAUGGCAGGGACGACAGGAAAUGAAGGAGCCCACAAAUUGGCCGGAGGGACCCAGAGGCCAGGUUUACAGCUGCAGCAGGACACGGACCAGAGAGGCAUAGUGAUCCAACUGACGGACACCGAGGGUGAAUGGGAUAAUCUUGAUGACAGUGAACUCAUAUUCACCUUGGAUUGUGAUGGCAAAAAGUCACUCACCUCCCUCCGGAACCGAAGACCAUGUUCCGUCGACAUUCAGACGGAGGGGGAAUGGGGUCUCAGCUCGCCUGCAUUCAACGUUCCUCUCUCUCCAUCUUCACCAGGCUCCUUGGGAAACCCGGGGUCUGGCUUCCUCUCACCCACUCACCGGCCUAUGGCCAGCUUAGUGAAGUCAUUAUCUACAGAACUGGAACUAAAAGAGACUUCUCUAAAGCCCAAACCAUUCCUCAGCCUUGUGAAGUCGAUUUCCACCGAGCGUUCUCGCAGUGAGACGGAGGUGUCUCAAUCCAGGUCUGAUUCCAAGCUCAAUUUGCACUCGUUGUCACAAUUUACCCAGCCCAAAAGCCGCAACGGUGAUUCCCGCACUGCCCCUCCAUCUCCAGUCAAUUUGUCCCCCACCGAGCCCAAAGCCAGCUUCUUCAAAAUGGAGCUAGAGGACACCCGACGCAAGCUCUCGGAGGCCAUGCAGGAACCUUUGAGCAUGUUCAGUAAGAUCAUGCGUGAAGAUAGUGUUGGCAGCCCCAAGCACCAAAGGAGUACAGGAUCAGUGGACUCUCCAAGCUACAAAGGCUUUGGAGUUGGGAAAAUGAACACUGACUUACCUGCAUCCGAAUCUCCUAAAAGUGCUAGGAAAGCAGAAAGUGAGUUUCUACCAGAGUGCAACUGGCCUGUGAGACAUCGCAAACAGUGUGUGCAGAAAUCCCUUUCCCAUGAUCACCAUAGCAGACAUGUAGACAUUGGGACUGUGAUGGAGUCCAGCACUCAUGGCAAUGCGUCCCAGAGCACAAAUAUGAAUAGAACUGAUCAAGAUGGUUUGGCAGAAGAUGUGACGGAAGAAUGCUCCUCUCCAGUGCCAGGAGUGGGUCUUGCCUAUGUAGCAUUUCUGUCAUACUGCUACUUUAUCUUUCCUUUGUCAGCGUAUUGGUCUGGCCUGUUCCUUGGUUUAGUGUUUGGAUUAAUGUUGGGGCUUGUGCUGAUCCGUUGGGACUCCAUCAGACACCUGUCCACCAGUCACCAUCAUGGGACCUCCUAUAAUAGCAUUCUCUUUGAAACCCUACAGAGCAAUGUAUCUUCUCUCAAGGGCUGGAUGAACGAGAUGUACACAUAUGAUCCAGAGACUUACCAUCCAUCCCUUAUGCACACUGUGUAUGUCACAUUGGACGGACCCUGUUUGCGGCUUGACUACCCACGUAACAACAUUCCCCGCUGGGCUACUUUUGACGAGCCCUGCUACAAAAAGCAUUUCACCCACUCACGGAUAUUUCAACUCACUGGCAGCAAGGUAUUUCUUCUGCCACUGGCUUUGGCACACAAGAGAGUGUGGAACAGGAAGUAUCCAAUCUCCAUAAGUUUGGCUGAAGGAGAAAGAGCUGUGGAGGAAGACGAGAUGUCAGAGGGUCAGGGGGAGGCUCAGAAAGUAGAGAAAUCCCCUGGCUCUAAGACAAAUGUUUCCCAUCCUGUCACACUCUACCUGUUUGGACGAACAGGACGGGAGAAAGAGGAAUGGUUCCAUCGACUGUUUUCCACGUCCAUUCACAAUGAAGAGGACCAUUUUGAAUCUAUAUCUGGUGCAAAGAUUGAGAAGGAGGAGGGCAGCAAGUCCGCUCCAGCUCCACCCGAGGUGGCAGCUUCUGCUGCAGAACCUCCCAUGAUGGCGGCGUCCUCUCCAGUUCCUCCUGAGGUGGCAGAUUCCGCUGCAGAACCUCUCGUGGUGGCGGCUUCCACUGUAGGACCUUACGUGGUGGCAGCGUCUGCUCCAGCUCUUCCCGAGGUGGCAGCUUCCACUGUAGAACCUCCCAAGGCGGCGGUGUCCGCUUCAGCUCCUCUCAUGGAGGUGGAAUCCACUUCUGAAGCCUCUGACUGUCCCGUCAUGGUCAUGGAGGCCAUUUAUGAACUCUUUGACUGUCCAGUCAUGGCCAAGGAGACCGUUUAUGAACUCUUUGACUGUCCAGUCAUGUCCAAGGAGACCGUUUAUGAACUCUCUGCCUGUCCUGUUACGGCUGAGGCCAUUCCUGAACUCUCAGAUUGUCCUGUCAAGGACAUGGAGGCCGUCUGUGAGCUCUCUGCUCUGCCGGACCCGCCUUGGCAUCCUGCUCUGCCAGCUCCACCCUGUCCUCCUGCUCUGCCGAACUAUCCCUUUAACAGCAAAUAUCUUGAAAUAUAUUACAUUUCUCCUUGUUUAGAGGACAAUUUAAGUGACACAGCUUACCCCCCAUUGCAGAAAAUGACAAUGUAUCUUCAUUACUCCAAAGUUUUUCUUCCAUCACCCCUUUUGGAACAGACCUUUUGUUGUAAUGAGGAUGAAACAAAACCUGACUGGCUGAAUGCACUAAUUGGUCGGAUCUUUUGGGACUUCCUCCAUGAGAAAUACUGGGCUGAUAAAGUCCAACAGAAGAUUCAGCGAAAGCUGAGCAAAAUUCGGUUGCCUUACUUCAUGGAUGAAUUGACCCUCACCGAACUGGCCAUGGGCUCCAGCAUGCCCCAGAUAACAGGCACAUCUCUACCACAGAUCAACAGCAGAGGCCUUUGGUUGCAUUUGGAGGUGGAGUACACAGGAGCACUACAGAUGACUCUAGAGACCAAAAUCAACUUCUCCAAACUUGGGAAGGAGGGAGUCCCUGAGUCAGAGACAGAGUUGGAGACCAUUCAUGUGUUUAGCAGGUCCAGGCUCUCUGUGCUGGCUGACAGUGAUGAGGAAUCCUCAAGUGCAGGAUCCUCUGAUGAGGAGGAAGUUUCAUCUGCUGACACUCAAGGAACUCUGACUGAAAAGGCUCUACCUGGUGUUGAGGGGGCUGCAGCUGGAGGCAGUACUAGUAGGCGGAUCUUGAGAUUUGUCGACAAGAUUGCCAAGUCGAAGUAUUUCCAGAAGGCCACGGAAAAUGAGUACAUUAAAAAAAAGAUUGAAGAAAUGUCCAACACCCCGCUGCUGCUUGCAGUGGAAGUUCAAGAGCUCUCUGGAACACUUGCCGUCAACAUUCCUCCUCCCCCCACCGACAGAAUAUGGUAUAGUUUCUGCGGGCCCCCGAAGCUUGAUCUAAGAGUCAGACCCAAACUGGGAGAGCGAGAAGUGACUUUCUGCCAUGUAACUGAAUGGAUUGAAAAGAAGCUACAGGAUGAGUUCCAGAAAGUUUUUGUUUUGCCCAACAUGGAUGACAUUUACCUACCGCUAAUGCACUCUGGGAUGGACAACACACCAGCUUUCCCACAAUACCCUGCAAAGCUCUCCCAGCAUUCCUCUAUGACCUCCACUGACAGGUGUGAUCUGGAACAUUCUGCAGAACUACAGUAGUGCCUCCUUGUGGAUAGACAUGACAAUAAACCAGUAACAUCAUUUAACUUCAACAAACUUCUAGUAGUGUAAUUUACAUUCAACUUCAUUUAAACAUUGCAGCACAGAGCAAAAUGUCAGUAACUCCCACACAUGUUCUCUCUAAAUGAAUUGGAUAUCUCCUAAUACAAUCAAUACAAGGCACAGUGGGUAAGAUUCCCAUCAUCCCGGAAACCCAAGUCUUGUUAUUCUUAUCAUACCAGUGGCUUAAUGUGUGAAUAAAGUAUUUUAUUACUUUAUUGCGUUUUUAUGUCCUGAGGACAACUGAUUAUUUGUUGAACUUCCACAGUGGCUUAAAUUAGACAAAUA